CUAUAUCAAACCAGGAAAAUAUUUCUAUUUGAUUCUGUUAACCUAAAACAUCCGCAGAAUGAGUUUAAAAUAAUGAUAUAAACAAGUUAUUUUUACCUAUUUGAUAAGAAUAGACAUCGUGCCGCUUGUGACAAUUCGCCAUGCUGCAGUUUUUCUCGUUUGGCAAAAACAAACUCACAAACUCACUCAACAUCUACAUAAAAACAAACACUGGUAAAUCACUAUCAGUCGACUUGGAUCCUCAAUGGGAUAUCAAGAAUGUUAAACAACUGGUUGCACCACAAUUGGGACUGGAGCCUGAAGAAGUUAAAAUUAUAUUUGCUGGCAAAGAAUUGGGAGAUACAAUUACGCUAUCAGAAUGUGAUUUGGGUCAACAGAGUAUAUUACAUGCAGUGAAAAUAAACAAAAGGAUCAAAUUGCCUAGUCAAUCAACAAGUUUACAGGAAGAAGUUGAGGAAGAGUCAGGAUCAAAACCACUCUGUGAAACAUUAUCAGAUCUGACAUUUUCUACAUCAGAAGAUGAUGUAGAAACUGUUCACAAUAUAUCAGAUACUUCUGAUGUAGUUAAGAAUAGAGUACAUUUUUUUGUGUUUUGUCCAACAUGCAAAGCUUUAAAAUCGGGAAAAAUUCGUGUGCGCUGUCAUUUUUGUAAAAGCGGCGCAUUUACCGUACACUGGGAUCCGCAAGGAUGGGAAGAUGUAUUGGAACCAAAGAGAAUCACAGGAUUAUGCGAGAAUUCCGAUGAAAAUUGCGCUAAUAUUUUACAAAAUGUCGAACCAACUUUUGCCGAAUUUUACUUUAAAUGUUCCGAGCACACAUCUCUGGGCGAAAAAGAUCAAUCAGUGCCAUUGUAUCACAUACGACCGAAUAUUAUGGAAGUUCCAUGUUUGGCUUGCGCUGAUGUUUGUGAUCCUGUCUUUGUUUUUCAAUGUGCUGAACGACACGUGACUUGUUUGGACUGUUUUCGGCAGUAUUGCCGCACGCGCCUGAUGGAUCGACAAUUCUGGCAGCAUCCGGAGUUUGGUUAUACAUUAGGAUGUCCUGCCGGAUGCGCAGACUCUUUUAUUACUGAAAUCCACCAUUUUAGACUAUUGACCGACCAACAAUACGAUCAAUAUCAACGUUUUGCAACCGAAGAAUUCGUCCUGCAAGCCGGUGGCGUCCUUUGUCCGCAACCAGGAUGCGGUAUGGGUAUCCUAGCGGACGCCGACUGUACUAAAAUAACGUGUAUAAAUGGUUGCGGGUAUGUGUUUUGUCGAAUGUGCCUGCAAGGAUACCACAUCGGGGAAUGCCGCACGCCUGAUGUGACAAACUCGGCGGGGAGUUGUUCGUACAGCGUCGAUCCGGCGCGCGCCGCUGACGCGCGUUGGGAUGAAGCCUCCAAAGUGGCCAUCAAGGUUCUUACGAAACCGUGCCCCAAAUGUAGGACGCCGACCGAACGCGACGGUGGAUGUAUGCAUAUGAUAUGUACGAGAGCCGGGUGCGGGUACCAUUGGUGUUGGGUAUGCCAAGUGGAAUGGUCGACGGAUUGUAUGGCUAGUCAUUGGUUUGGCUAACAAUAUGAUUGUACAAUCAUUAUUGAUAGAUGUGUAGGAAAUCUCAAUAAAGUUGUUGAUUGAUAUGAAAUAAACGCAGUAUGCCUUGGGAACAACAA